AUGGCGACGCUGCUGGACACGACGAUGGAGGCGUUGGAACCUGAGGCGCACACGGAUAAUAAUCUGCGUGUACCACAAAGCGUAGAACCCGAAACUGAUGCUCCCGAAGACGAGGACGACGAUGAUGAAGAUUUUAACUUUGACGCGCCUGUGUAUUACGACCUUAAGAACCCGUCGUUCGAGCAAUGCUAUGUUAACAACGCAGACGGCUACUUUUCGCCUACUAAAAAAUCAUCUGCCAAUUCCAAGGAAUCAUUUAAUAAGGUGGAGAAAACUUGUGUAUCAAAGCCUUCGGCUGCUGUUGCUUUCAAUAAAAAAUAUGACUAUGCAGGAAAUACGAAGAUGAAUGGAGGUAAUCAAGACGCUAUUAUAAUUGACAAGACUAUACUGGACACUACCAUGGUAGAUGCAGAAACUGUGGAGACCGUCUUGAACACGAGUAACUUGUUGGACGAUAGAGAUGAGAGCUUCGAGGAAGUAUUUCGCCACUAUGCAUCGUCAUCUCAGUCAUCCGCCACGUCUUCGUAUCUUCUCCAUGAUCUAGACACUUCUACACAUAGCUCCACUCACAACAGUCGCUAUUCUUCCUACGGCUCAGCAACAUACAGUAAUGGCGGUACGUCGAGCGGCAGCUCACCAGUAUUGUCGUCAUCUGCUGCUACAAGAACAGGAAGCGGGUCAGCGUACAAUGGUGAACUAGCCGAAACCAGAUUUCGAGCUGCCGAUACUAUUGUUUCGUCCAAACUGAUGCAACCGACUCAGUCCUACUUAAGAAGAGUUCAGGCAGAGCAGAAGAUGAGAGAACAGAUUUAUAUGGAAGAUAUUUCUGUGGACGAAAAGCCGCCACGCGUGACGCAACCGAAAAGUCCGAAGCUUCAUACAAAAACGCGACAAACAAAUUCCAAUGAUUCGUCUCGAAUGAGCAGCACAAGUCGAGAGUUGCUGAAAAUUCAAGAAGAACGACUGCUUUUGCAGCUGGAAAAGCUGAAAAUUCGCGAAUUUCAUGAAAAAACCAAAGUACAACGACCACCAACUAAUGUACAUCAGCGAUCGACGAAGCAGCUGACGAUUCCACAGACUCCACAUUUUGAAGUCGACAAUCGAAUACGACGCCUGAAGAACAAAAGUGGCGCAAGUGAUUUCGGACACGAUCAAGUGCAGCCGCCGCUAGCUGCAGAAAAGCUAUUGACACGUGAUUUUUCGCUUUCAUUGCCAUCACAUCGAGAAAAUCGUCAUACGGUCACGACACCGCAGUCUCCCCAUCUCCGUACUGCGUCGAGAGCUGCUCAUCGUCCGCCGCCGGCGCCACUUUCACGUAAACAAGAAAAGCCUGCCAUCUCGAGCAACACUCAUCCUACUAAUGGUGGCCUGACGCAGCCCAUGACUCCUCAACUGGAAACGAGUCGUCGGGCAGCCACGCAUCAUCGACCUAUCAAAUUUGUUGAUCAUGAUGCAGAAGAGUUGGCAAAAAAGUUUCAUGCCAGGCCUUUGAGCAAAAGUAUUCUUGAACCGAAAUUUUAUUCUAACUACUCUCCUGCCAAAACCGACACUAAAUCUCGUUCAACUCAGCCGACAGCAGUCACAGCAAGCCGAUCAAGUGCCACCGUAUCUGCUGCUGAGGUAGAUCGUCGGUGUAAGAUACGUGAACAACGACUGAAACUAGAUCAAAGAGGUCCAACAGUUCAGCCUAAAUCAGUGCCGCGUCCAGUUCGUCAACCUGUAAUUCCUGAAACCCCACCACUUAAAAGUAUUCAACUUCAUCGAGAAUACCAGGAGAACUUCCGUCGCAAGAUUGAGGCUGAGAAAAAAGAGACAGAAAGACAGCGCCAAUUUAAAGCGAAUCCGAUUCGUGUGGUUUCAAAACCUGUGCAAUUUGAGGGAUCAACUAAGCCGUUGACGGAAGUGAAGCCAUUUCAGUUGCCUGGAGAGAGGUACGUAGAUCAAGCGCGCGCACGCUUGGAGCAAAAAAGAUUAGAGGAAGAAGAACGUCUAAAAUCUUUGUGCACAUUUCGCGCGAAGCCCAUGCCUGUUUUUGAAUCCGAUAGUGUUCAAAUUGUGGCAAGUAACAAACCUCUUACUCAGACUGAGUCCCCAAUGUUGGCAACGAAAAGCCGAGCUGCAGAACGCGCUGCGUUUGAAGCAGCAGAAAAAGAACGUCGUGAACGAGAAGAAGCAUUUCGUUUACAGCAAGAGGAACAAGAGCGACAGCAGAAAGAAGAAGAAAUUAAGCAUUUGCGCCGAAAGGAGAUGAUUUUUCAUGCUCGUCCUGUGCCAGAGUCAAAUAUAACCAGUAGCAGCGGAAUAUUAACCGAUUCUGCCUGA